UUUUGGCAAAAGUUAAGCAUGGACUCCGGAUUUACGACUAGUCAUACCGAAUCCGAUGUAUAUGAAAACAAAUAUUCAAGAGAUGAGGAUAAUAUGGAAAAAUUUUAUGCAACUGUCGGGAAUAUAUCCAGAAACAUGCGUAAGGGAGAUUGGACAUAUUUGCAACGCCAUCCGGAAAUUCGAGCCAUAAUACGUACCAUAAUAACUGAGGCCAUUGAGAAGAAACCCAUCAAUAUUUUUCAAUUUGCAGCUAAUCUAUUUCAUUGCAAUAAUGAAUUGGAGUUAGUGCGAAAGAUUAACAAGCAACUGAAAUUGGUUAACCAACAGUUGAGGGGGGGAAACUGGGGACCGGCUGAUGGGGAAGUGUUAUUUACAGAGUCCAGUGAUGUUUUUACGGAAUUGAAAGCCGAGUGCAAGCCCAAAUUCUUGAAUCAAACAGUUGAACCGCAAAUGAGAGAGACCCGAGAACCCGUGGGUCCAGAAACCUUUAAGCCCAGCUGUCCGGAAAAUCUGGAGACCAAAUGUUAACGCUUACAAAAUAAUAUAACAAGCAUUUCGACAUUAAACCGCUCUUCUCUACCAAUACUAAUAGGCCGCCAGUGUUGCUAGAGCCGGUACACGGCGUGGUCCCGUUUUGCGGCCCAUACCCAUACCAUCAGACAGUUAAUUUCGCACAAUAUUAAUUGAGUAGUGUUUAAAAACUUAAAAGUAGAUAUAAACAUCCCCGAGUAUUUUCGCUGUCGCACCCAAUGUCGUAAGACGCAAGGCAACUUUAAUUAUAGCGAAUAGUACAGUUA